UAACAGCACUGCAGGCCUUCAAAACGGUUUAGGUUGCAAACCAAGCCCGUCCCUGCCGGCAACUGCGUCUCGCUCAACACCCACACAGUGCUAAGGAUCUCCCUACAAGCCGGGCAGACAAUGAAUCCCCAGCCCGCUACCCCCAGACCCAGAGAGUUGCUCCUGACACACCAACAAGCACAUCGCCUUCAUUUUGCACUGCCAUCCGGUCCACUACCAUUCCUUUUAAUCUGCCCUCCAUUUCCCUCUUUCAUUCCCUCCUCCGUGGCUUAAUUCUAGAGACGUCACCUCGGAGAAUUUCAAAGGGAAAACGGCCCUGAAACUUGGGUGAAUAUCCUCAAUUACACCAUUGAAAACGACACCAAUCCCAUGGACAACGGACGUUCGGAGUGCUUCGUUGCUUGAACUAUGUACACCCCGAGGGCCCUUGUGGCCGCUCUAUCUGGCUUCGUCCUUCUCUUUCAAUUCGUGAUAGCGCACUCGAUCGAACGCCGCGCUCUCUCGCACGUUAACCGCAUCGACGAUGCCGUCAUCCACACGCCGUCCCACCGGGUCCACCCUCUCUCAUCCUUCGACCUCACCUUCCACAUCCACGGCCGGGGCCAGGAGGUCAGGCUCAGCGUGAGCCCGAACCACGACGUCAUCGCCGAGAAUGCCUUCGUCCAGUACAUAGACCCGGACGGAUCGGUCCGCUCGGAGCCGAUAGAUCGCUCCGAGCACAGGGUCUAUCGCGGCGACGCAUUUGUGCGAGACGAGGGCCGUUCGGAAUGGACGAGCGCGGGCUGGGCGAGGAUAACUGUUCAUCGGGAUGGGGCAUCGCCCGUCUUCGAGGGCGCCUUCAGGGUGCACGGAGACGACCAUCAUAUUCACACGAGCGCAGAUUUCAGGCAGACGAGGGUAGGUGGGGAUCCGGACGUCGAGGACUUGCCGGACGAAUCCAUGGUUGUCUGGCGGGAUUCGGAUAUCAUGGGGAUGGAUCGCGACGAGUUAAAACGAAAUGUGGCAGCGGGGCCGUCGUGCUCGUCGGACGUGCUCCGCUUCAACCGCGAUGAUGAGCACCCAGUGUACCGCGGGCCUGAUGGGGGGUUCGGUACGGCGGAGACGAGCAGCCUCCGGUCGAUGAGCGCUAGGUCGCUGUUCGGGCGGCAGAUUGACGGGACCACGGGCGGUAACGGUGCCGGAGUCAACCUGGUUUCGACGAUCGGGUCCACAGCAGGCUGUCCGACGACGAGGAAGGUGGCCUUGAUUGGCGUUGCGACGGAUUGCACAUAUACGGCGAAGUUCAACUCGUCGGCGUCUGUGAGGACGCACAUCAUCAAGCAGAUCAACUUGGCCUCCCAAGUCUACGAGAGCUCCUUCAACAUCUCUCUCGGCAUCCAGAACCUGACCAUCAGUAACGCAGAGUGCCCGACGACGGCAACGUCCCAGGUCCCCUGGAAUGUGGGCUGCGGCGGCGGGACUACGAUUACGGAUCGGCUCAACCUCUUCUCCCAGUGGAGGGGGCAGUUCAGCGACACGAAUGCUUUCUGGACCCUGCUGAGCACUUGUAACACGGACGCCGCUGUGGGACUGGCCUGGCUUGGCCAGGUGUGUGUGCAGGGCUCCCAGACAGCCUCGGCCAAGGACAACAAUGAGACCAUCGCGGCGACCAAUGUAGUAGUGAUGACGUCGACCGAAUGGCAGGUCAUCGCACACGAGACGGGCCACACGUUCGGAGCGGUGCACGAUUGCACAGCCGACACCUGCAGCGACGGGACCGUGACCAAGCAGCAAUGCUGUCCGCUGUCCAAGAACUCGUGCGAUGCCACCGGGCAGUUCAUCAUGAACCCUUCGACGGGUAACGGCAUCACAAAGUUCUCGCCGUGUAGCAUCGGGAACAUCUGCAGCGCCAUCGGUCGCAACAGCGUCAAGGCUAGCUGCCUGACCAACAACCGCGACGUCAGGACCAUCACCGGCAGCCAGUGCGGCAACGGCAUCGUCGAGAGCGGCGAGGACUGCGACUGCGGUGGGGAUAACGGGUGCACUGGCAACACAUGCUGCGACGCCAAGACGUGCAAGUUCACCGCCAACAGCGUCUGCGACCCGGCGAACGAGGAGUGCUGCACGACCGAGUGCCGGUUCGCUAACAACGGAACCAUCUGCCGGCCCAGCACUGGCGUCUGCGACCCGCAGGAGACGUGCACGGGCACCUCGGCGCUGUGCCCGUCGGACGUUACUGCCCCCGACGGGCAGUCGUGCGGAGACAAGGGCGCCAGCCUCAAGUGCUCAUCGGGCCAGUGCACGUCGCGCGACCUGCAGUGCAAGACGCUCAUGGGCGGCCGGACGUCGAGCAACGACACGUACGCCUGCUCGUCGCAGGGCUGCCAGCUCUCGUGCGCGUCGCCCGAGUUCGGGCCCAGCACGUGCCUCACGAUGCAGCAGAACUUCCUCGACGGGACCACCUGCCAGGGCGGCGGCAAGUGCUCCAACGGCGUAUGCAAGGGCUCGAACCUGUCGGACGAGAUACUGGGCUGGAUCAAGGAGAACAAGCCCAUCUUCAUCCCCGUCGUCGUCGUCGUCGGCGGCCUGAUCCUGCUCGCCAUCCUCAGCUGCUGCGUCAGCGCCUUCCGCCGCGGCGGGAAGAAGAAGGGCCGGGGGGGCAGGCGCGGACGGCCCCACCCGCCAGCCCCGCCUCCCGGGUGGACCGCUUACGGUGGUGCCUGGGGCGGCGGUCCCGGCGGCGGGAUCGCGCCGCCGCCGCCGGUCAUGGUGGGGGCUAGGCCUGGGGGGCGCUCGAGGCCGAAUCUGGGUCCGUUUGGGGCUCCGCCCCCGUACCAGCCGCCGGCGCCGGGGCAGCACCAACAGGGAGAUAUGCCAUGGCAGCCUGUUAGGACGUUGAGCGCGAGAUACGCGUGAAGGGGUUGUAGAGUCCGGUCGGGUCGGGUCGGGCUUGAUUAUAUGCAUUUAUACCUGUUUCGAUACGUAUCCAGGGGUAAACUAGGAAUGAUUCGGGAAAUCAGCGGGACGACGGGACAACCCAACCCCCGUAACUACUAGCAUCGGGCUGGAGUUCUGGCGUCUGUCUGAUGGGGCGUUUAACGGUGGGGUCUAUUUUCGU